GUGCUCCCCCGGCGCGCGCCCCGAGUCGGUGAGGGCCGGGCCCCGGCGGCCCCCGGAGUCAUGGGCUGCAUCGGCUCGCGGACUGUGGGGAACGAAGUGAUUGCAGUGGAUUGGAAAGGCCUCAAGGAUGUCGAUCAGAUCAACAUGGACAGCACCAGCUCAUUGCACGGCAGCAGCCUCCAUCGGCCUUCUACAGAGCAAACACGAACAGAUUUCUCCUGGGACGGCAUCAAUCUCUCCAUGGAGGACACCACUUCCAUCCUCCCGAAGCUGAAGCGAAACUCGAAUGCCUAUGGCAUUGGAGCCCUGGCCAAGUCAUCCUUCUCAGGGAUCUCUAGAAGCAUGAAGGACCACGUGACAAAGCCUACAGCCAUGGGGCAAGGCCGGGUGGCCCACAUGAUUGAGUGGCAGGGCUGGGGGAAGGCACCGACAAUUCAGCCGCAGCACAGCCACGAGGCUGUGCGCAGGGAUACAGAUGCUUACUCCGACCUCAGCGAUGGUGAGAAGGAGGCGCGCUUCCUAGCAGGAGUCAUGGAACAGUUUGCUAUUUCUGAGGCUACACUUAUGGCCUGGUCUUCCAUGGAUGGCGAGGACAUGAGUGUCAAUUCGACCCAGGAGCCACUGGACUGCAACUACAGUGACAACUACCAGGAGCUGAUUGAGAGUCAAGAUGCACUGGCUCAAGCCCCCAUGGAUGGAUGGCCUCACUCCUACGUAUCACAGGGGAUGUACUGUCUGGGGUCAUCAGAUGCCUGGGAAGCGAGUGAUCAGUCCCUCAUUGCAUCUCCAGCUACAGGAUCCUAUCUUGGUCCUGCAUUUGAUGACUCACAGCCUAGCCUGCAUGACAUGGGACCUUCCCAACCCGCUUCAAGAUAUUCUGCCAAGGAGCCUCCGCCUUUCUUGGGGGUGGACACUGACUGGGCACCAGAGGUUGGUGGGGUGGACCUGGCCAGGGGAUCUGUAGAAGAAGAGAAGAGACCACGCCCCGAGGAGGAAGAGGAUGCAGGAUGCCGGGACCUGGAGUCGCUUUCUCCACGAGAAGACCCGGAGAUGUCCACUGCUCUUAGCCGGAAGGUGUCUGAUGUCACGUCCUCAGGUGUGCAGUCCUUUGAUGAGGAGGAGGGGGAUGCCAACAACUAGCUUCUUCCCGCCCCACUCUGACCUGAGGGGCAUGGCUGCAGCCCAUACCCUCCCAAG